AACGACACAGGAGAAGGCCAGGUUUCUCAUUGUGUAGUGUCAAGAGCAGGAAACCGUUCCUGUCUCACCCUUCCUUGGAUUGGGGAUGGGGGUAGGGGCCUCAGGACUCCAGGUACCUCUCAAACUCCACCUUCAGGGCUGAGCGGCAGUCCCCGGUUCCUCCUCAAAUCCGGGGCGGACCAUUCAAACUGCGGGGCGCGUGCCUCAGGGGAGCCUCCUGAGUAUGUGCGCUGUGGCUAGUCCUGAGUCAUCUCUGCACGCGGUGGCCCCUUCUCUCUUAGGCUUCACAGGGAAGCAGAUCGCUGCAUCACAGGUGGUAAGGGAGGGGGGAAGGAGGGAAGAAUUAGGGCUGAACCCGAGGAAGGCGCAGCUACAUUAGAAGUGAUUUCACCGCGAGAGGCAGGGUGCCGGCAGGUGGCCAGGCGCUGGAGCUAAACUCCCGGAGCCAGGAUGAGCGCCCUCCGUGCGGCAAUGGGAUUGCUGUUCCUGGGGAUGCUUCGAGCCUUCCCAAAGGAUCGACCACUCAAGACCACCUGUGCCGGAGACCCCAGCUACUACCCUGGGGAGGCUGCUGGGAGCUGCUGUUACCGCUGUCCCCCAGGCUUGUCUCCAACACAGCCAUGCCCACAGAGUCGUGCCCAUUGUAGGAAGCAAUGUGAUCCCGACCACUAUGUGAAUGAGGAUGGGUACUGCACAGCCUGCGUGACCUGUUUGGAAGGUCUCGUGGAGAAGGCUCCAUGCUCCAGCAACUCUUCCCGCCUCUGCGAGUGCCAGCCUGGCAUGUACUGCAAAACACCAGCUAUCAAUUCCUGCGCCCGCUGUGUGGCACACUCCCGCUGCCCUGGGGGGAAGGUGGUCAAGUUCCCAGGCACAGCAGAGGAAGACACCGUCUGUGAGUUUCCAUCCCCAGGAUCUGGCCCUGAUUGCUCCAAUCCAGAUGACUGCAAGACGCUUACUAGCCACGCCACUCCUCAGGCCACGCCCACUCUGAAGUCCCCACCCACAGACGGUAAGAGGAGCACCCGCCUUGCGCAGGAAGAUGCUGCUGAACUGUCCCAUGUUCCAGAGUCUCCCUCUUCCCAGGCAAGCGAGCCCAACCCAGACCCAGAUAAUGCAGAGACGAAUAUGACCUUGGAGCUGCCACCUCCAGGGACCCUCCCUGACUUCAGCACCUCAGGAAACAGCGAGGAGCCUGCCAGUACCGCCUCUACCCAGAGCCUCCUGGGAGAUGCCCAGACCAGCAGUAGGAUGCAGCCUACCUCUCCCUUGUCCACAGGAACACCGUUUCUGGAUCCAGGGCCCAUGCUCUUCUGGGUGGCCAUGGUGAUGCUGCUGGUUGGCUCCAGCUGUUUCUUCCUGUGUUACUGGAAGGCCUGCAGGAGGCGGAUCCAGCAGAAGUUCCACCUGGACUACCUAGCCCAGACCUUCCAGCCGAAGAUGGAGCAGGUGGAUUUCAGACCUACUGAAAAACCAGCUCAGCUGAAGAGAAGUGAGUCAGUGACAGAUCCCAUCACAGGACACAAGUCGAGCCCAGUGAACCCUCCAGCUGUGGAGACUUGUACCAAUGUUGGGGCGGCCUGUCUGGAGAGCCUGCCACUGCUGGAAGAAAGCACAGCUGGGAAUCCUUUGGCCCCCAGGGAACCUCCAGAGCCCCGAGUAUCCACGGAACACACGAAUAACAGGAUUGAGAAAAUCUACAUCAUGAAGGCUGACACAGUGAUUGUGGGCUCUGUGAAGACCGAAGUCCCUGAAGGCCGGGCUCCAGCAGGAUCGACCGAACCUGAGUCAGAAGCUGAAUUGGAAGUGGACCAUGCCCCUCACUACCCGGAGCAGGAGACAGAACCACCGCUGGGCAGCUGCACUGAGGUCAUGUUCUCAGUAGAAGAAGGAGGAAAAGAGGACCACUGGCCCAUGACUGUCUCUGAGAAGUGACACCUGUGUUAGCUGGGGCCAGAAAGCAGCUGAGUGUAUCCUGGAGAUCAGGUUAGCUCCAAGCUGGGAACCUACUGUGGCCUGAACUAAAGCCCCAGCAUACAGUGGGAUAGCCCAGAAUGAAGCCUUCAGCUGCUACCAUGAACACUGGCUCCUGUGCCCCAGGAGUGGGCACUCACUGUCAGGCUAGUGUCUGCUAAGGGAGAAGCCAGGGGCUGGUUCCAAGCCUCCUUGCCCACACCCUUGUGCCCUGCCUUCUCUCAGGGGAUGGCUUUACUGGCAUGCUACCAGCCUCCGGAUGCCGUACACACGGCUCCCUGCGGGCACAGAACCAGCACCUGUUGCCCCUACUCCUGAGGCAAAGGGAAGUUAAAGGACAGACACUCAUCCCCACUGGCACCGUGACAGCCUGCACCCAUCACACAAGACCGCACCACAGGGAGUGCACAGAGAGACUCUCCUGGCCCAGCUUCCCUGUUCUGAAGCCUACAAAAUGGGCUAGAUGCAACUCAUUGUCCUCGGAUGACCCUACCAUGCAGCCUUUGGGGACUCAGAUGUCUUUGGACCCCCAAGCAGCUGCAGUGACCUCCCUCUCCCACCCAGCGCUGCUAGAGGCUCUGCUUUGCCCAGGGACUUCCUGUCACAUGGAGAUGGGAGCACUGCCAUCCUGGGGGGGGGGGCUCCACUCUCUGUGCCACCCUCGAUUCCACCCUAGAAAUGAAGAAGCAUUUGUCCUUAAGCCACCAGGAUCAGGCCUGGCAUAAAGCUCCCUGCUCCAGCAGGUCGGAGCCUGGAUGUUGGAGGCAGGCUGGUCACAUUGCUCUGUGCCCACUGUGAAGAGGCAACACUGGUGGACAUGCCUGGAGCUCUGCUCUUAGUUGUUGUUGUUUUUUAAAUUCCCUUUGAGGCGCUGGGAAUUGAACCCACGGCCCUGUACAUUCCAGGCAAAUGUCGCAGGGCUGAGUUACAUCCUCAAUCCCAGCAUUUCACACUAAGCACUGAAGCUGCUGUGACUCCCAGCCUGGCUCACUCCCAGGGACCUGCAGCCUCUUGUAACAAACAGGCAGCUGACUGGAUGACACGUCUCCCGGUCUGUGGCAGCCUAGGGACUCUGGACUUACCCUUGGGCCAGGCAGGGAGAGUUCUGUUUACUCACCAGCUGCUCACUUCUGGAGGAAGCUGGGGCCCUGUGAGGAAUCACGAGGGGAGUUUCUGAAACUGCCUGGAUCUCUGCGGGAAAGUUGGAGCAGCUGGGUGCCACCAGGGUGCCAUCGGAGGCCUAGACCAGGGUCUGGAUACUGGCCAGAAGGGAUAUGUGUGGGGCCUGGAUAGUUGCCCAGCUGCCUUGUGCAAGUACACAGUGGAUGUGUGGGCAUACCCAGUGACGCUAAAGCCCUGUCAUGGUGACCACAUGGAUGCCACACUCCUGAGUGGAAGAUAUUGCUAAACUUUCUCUCUCUCUCUCUCUCUCUCUCUCUCUCUCUUUCUCUCUCUCUCUCUCUCUCUGAGAUAGGAUCUUUUUCUGUAUUUCUGUAUUCUAGGCUAGACUCAAACUCGAUAUGUAGCCCAGGCUGACCCUGAUCUGUGACCCUCCAAUGUCUACUUCCUGAGUGAUUUCAGGCUUGACCCACCACGCCAGACUGCCACACACUUCAACCAAGUGAUAUAUUCCUUUGCAAAGUGACCCUUCACACAAUUUUUGACCCUCUAAAUAUCCGGAAGGGCCUGCAAAACCGUGGAAGUGUGAGGUUGUAGACUGAUUACAGAAAUGAGUGAUGAGGGACCGCUGAGCACAGAGGCUGGCAGCUGACCCUCUAACCCCAGAGGGGACACUCUCCAUGAGCAUGGGCACUCACAGCUGAGGACAGGAGCCUGUGACCAGCUGUGUUCCCCUUAACUCUUUCCUUGUCCAUCCAGGCAGUGUCUUCCUGAUAAAGGCUUGUCCUCCAAGGAUGCUGAGAAUAAAUGGUCUCUGCUCA